AUGGUUGAGAAAAUUGGAAUUUUAUGUUUCACACUCAUUCUUAGUGUCUUUCUGACAUUUCAUGGAGUUACAGGCGACAAUAUUUUUGAGCUAGAGGGUCUUCAGGAUCUUCGAGUCGCAGCUAACACAGGAGGGAUUUUUUACCUUAAAGAUUUAAUUCAAGGCAAAAAUCUCACUUAUAGUCUCAGCGGAGAAAUCAUUAAUAAUACUCAAGCUGAACUCCCUCAUUUAUCUCAAGGAAUAACCUUGGCUGGCUCUGUUAAUAAAAAUCAAAGCAUCCCAUCAGCAAACGGUUUUGAGUUAAUAGGACAAGAUCCUAUGAAUCUAGGUACCAUUUUCAUUAUAGAAGAAAAUAAUUUAACUCUCUGGGACAUUUCUGAUGCUUCCGCCCCACAAAUGAUUACUUCAUACCAGCCUCCUUUCCAAUCAAGUAUAAUUAGCGUAGUUCCAUACUCUAAUGGACUUAGCAGUGUUUGUGCUAUACUGCAAGCUACUUCAGCAGGUUUCAAAGCAGGCCUUAUUAAUGUUACUAACUAUGAAGAGGUAAAUUACUUAUCAGAAAUGAGUGUUACAAUUACAUCUAAGGGAAGCAUCAUUGGUGCAAGCAUUUAUGGUUCGGAUAACGAAAUUUGGCAUGCUGUUGUCCUUUCCAACUCAGACUAUCAAAUUGUGAUUUUCCAUUACAAUUUGACGUCGCGAUCUGCUGAGCUUUUCAACCAGAUAAAUGGAAGUGCAGUUGAGGAGAAGCAAUUCAACCCAAUCAGUGUAGCUUUUAGUAAUUCUGGAGGUUAUAUCUGUGAUCAGACAAAUGGGAUAUAUCAAUUCCAGUCGUCGAAUUUCUUUUCAGCUCCAAACCAGCCCCUUUUGAUCACAUCCCUUCUUGCAGACCCAACAGAUUUUGGAGAGAUCUUUUCAUGCAAUUUUCAAGGUGACGUUCUAUACGUUGGAACAGCUUCUGGAAUAGUCCUAUACGGAUUACCAGAGUUUUACUAUAUAAAGAAGCUUGCAAGAUAUCAAGAUCCAUCUCAACCCUAUAUAUUAAGCAAUCUUCCAAGAAUCAGUCUGUAUCCUCCUGAGCUGAUAACUGGCUACUAUGUAAUAGAUGCAAACACUGUGACUUUUAGAAUCUCAAUGCUCGAUGAAGAAAUGUAUGAAAACCUGUUGUAUGGCCGCCUUAGUCGGCAACACUGCUCGGAGGCGCAUAUUGGUGAUCGAGGCUGACUGGCCCCAGACGGUCGGCGGGCCCUGUGCGGCGAAGAAGCAGCGGGAAGCUCUGGGUCGGGGCAAUCCCGUAAAUGGCGUUAAACACAGUUAAUAAUUAAGUAAGUAAGAAAACCUGUUGUAUGACAUUCCAGUCAACGAACUCUUUUACGAUGACUCGAGCAAUGACACAACUCCUCCAUAUAUUAUUGCUUACAAUGUCGAUACUGAUUUUUAUUACAUUAUUUUCAGCACACCAAAUUAUGUGUUUUCAUAUGAAAUCGACACUAAUCCAAUGAUCACACUUUUUUCAAGCAACUCAGGCUAUACAUUUAAUGGGACACUAGAAGUCUGGAACUCCUUUAGCCAGAUUUCUCCAAAUGUAAGUAUACAGGGAGUUGAUCCAAGGGAUUAUACAAUCUACACAUGGAGAGGAAACUCAGCAGCAGAUGGGUUUUUAAAUCCAGACACUAUUGAGCUCUACACAGAAAUUAACAUAACCAAGCUAAAUCAGGUUUUCUAUCUCCCAUUGACUAACUACUUGUCUGGGCAGGACUUGAGCUACCAAAUGUAUAUGAGUAAUCCUAUUGAUGGGUGUGAAGUCAAUAUCAUCAUGCCUCCGAAGAGCAAUAUCAUUUCAUCAACCCAGGUCACCACAGCAGGGUACUCGCCAGUCGUUAUAUCAGACUUUGAUGACAAAUUGAGAGUAAUUGUUGCCGUUCCAAGCUCCACAUCUUAUGCUUUCCUUUAUUCAUCAACCAACGAAGGGACAUUUUUGCAGUCUACUUUAAAGUGUUCAGAUCCCACUAAGACUGCCACUCUUGCUACUACGUAUAACUUUGAGGAUAAAUAUAUCCUUAUUGAAUGCUCAUCCCAAAGUUCAAGUACUGGACUAUUUAGCGUUGACUGGGAUAUUUAUGUUCUCUAUACUGAUUAUACAGUUUCCUACUUGAAUACCAUUUCAUACACCCAGACCCUAUUUUCCGAGAAAAUUGGUUUUGUGUGUGAUAUAUUCUAUGCUGAGAAAGGCAACCAAAUUCAGCUAUUCAAUAUGACAGUAGGGUCCAAUGCAAUCGCUCUGAAUCCUCUUCAGAUAAUUAGCAGCGAUUCACUUAAUGGAAUUACAGAAUUCACUCCUACUGAUAUUUCUCCUGAUAAUGAUUUCUGCAAUCUUUAUGUCUAUGAUUUGGUCAACGGACUGAUAUUGGUUUAUCUCAAAGAUAUUACUGAAAAGCAAACUCUAUAUGAUUAUCAGCUCUUCUCUACCUUCGGAGAUAGAGAAAGUAGUGUUUUUAUAUCAUAUACCAAUGGAAACUUGUUUAUUAUUUCUUCUGAAGAAGCAGACCCAUUCAGUAUAAUUGUUUGCAAUAUAGAUGAAAAUGAGCUCGUGUACGAAAAGACUUUGCCAGUGAUGCCAGGCUGUAGCUACACUGGACUUUCAGUUACUGAGGACUUCUUGCUAGUCUUCUGCCAGAACAUUCAACAAAAUAAAGUGCUCGUGUUCGACUAUCACAAUCUGUACACAUUCGAGAGCCUUUAUACAACUAUCAACUUGUCUCAGGUCGGAAGUAUAUCAGCAGUCAAGGCAGAAAAUAAUCUUCUCUUUGUCUAUUCUGGACAGUACCUGAGCACUUAUACUGUGGGCCAAGUUUCGGAUUACAUUUCUCUUUAUCAGCAUUCCUAUAUGCUGCCUUACUUUACUGGAAUUUCGACUUGGGCUCUUUUGGAAUUCAACUUCACUCAAGUCCCCGAUGAAAAUGUAUCAGGAGACCUCAAGUUGAUAGCAAAAAACGAACUUUAUUCUGAUUCAGUAAUCAUCACUUUUGCUUUCUUGUCAAGAGGGACAGUCAUUGAGCUCAAUGAUAGAUUCGACGUUGAAAACUCAGUUUUGACUUCUGGGAGCAAAGUGAAAGUUAUUGAUGCUCAAUUCUCAACUCCGAUCCCAUUGUCAGCAUUCAUAGGUAAUAAUAUAGAAUUUGGCCUUGUUUAUUCAAAUGGAACUAGAAUCGACCCAACGGAUUAUUGCAAUGCAGCCCAGCCUAUAUGUAUUCUGGGAAAGUAUUCCAUGGGCGAAACCUUAACAUUCAAUAACUUGACUACUUUUGCGUACGAUAUGGCCAGCUAUGGAGAAAUUCUUUAUAUUUCAGCGCCGAAUCAAAUUCUUGCAUAUAACACCAGUGAGUCGCCUAGCAAACUAUUACAGAUCUACAAUCUUGCAAAUAUCAACCAAGCAUACUUCACUUCUUGCUAUAAAAUUCAUACAGUAGGAGGGUUCCCUCAGCUUUUAAUUAUGUCAUGUGAGGUUUUUGCAAAAUCCUCAUCAACUUAUGGGAACACUUACUUGAUGACACUGAAUCUUACAGACUUUUCUUCAGGAUUUCCAAUACCAUCUGCAUAUCCUGCAUAUAUCAUUGAGACUGUUGUUGAUAGCUCUCAACUUUACCCACUAGUUUUUGUGUAUAACGGAGAAGACUUAAAGAUCUACCAACUCGUUAAGCAAGACUCUCAGUAUGAAUUAAACCCUUACUUCACUCUGGAUGCAGAGUCUUUGGACUUAAACCAGUUUUAUUUGACUUCAAUUUUAUACACAAGUCCUACUGAGUUAAUUUUGAUUGAAGAAAGUGCAGGAUUUCUUUGGCUAAAAACCAACAAUCUGCCUCCAAAUCCAGUCUUCUACGAUUUGGUUAGCGUUAUUUCAUUUGAGUCACUGAUUGCAGAUUAUGGAGGCCUUCAUUUAAUGUCAGCUGUUCUACUGAGCGAUAAUAUGACUAUCAUUGCUACAGAGUAUCAAGGGGACGCCUAUAUUUUCCGCUUGGGAGACACAGACAUCAAUUUCGUUAGACAAGUUCCAUCUAUAAACGAAGAAAACGCCUUCUGGAUGAAUUCUUUGGUAGCAAUUGAGAGCUUACAGCUUUUUGCUUAUCCCUAUUUUAAUUAUAAAACUGACCAGACUUUCCCUAACUCCACCCCCCCUCCGUGAGUGAACAAAAAAAAUUUUGUUCACUCACGGGGGGUUAAUUUUUUUUUUUUAAAAAAUUUAUAUAUAAAUUUUAUAAAAAAUAUUUUUUUCGAAAUUUAAAAAAAUCUUAAUUCGCAAAAAUUGGAAAGCAAAUAUUAAUUUAAUUUAUAAAAUUUAUAUUUUAAAAAGCAAUUCGUUUAAAAUUAAACAGAAUUAGCUCUAGAUUUCAUUAUAAUAAUUAUCAUUUAUAUAUCAAAAUUUUUUUCCCAUAAAAAAUUUUUCUAUUAAAAAAAUUUUUGUUCACUCACAAAUGGUGGGUUUUUGGGCAAAAAAUAGCGAUUUUUCUAAUGGUUUUGUUCACUCACGGAGGGGGGAGUAAGAGUUGUCAAUUAUUCUCAGCCAAAUGACAAUGCAAUUUACACUGAAAUCCCACUUGGCUCUGAGAGUCCUGAAACUAAUAUCGCUAACUUUCUCAAUACAAAAAUUAUACUGGGAAACUCUGAAAAAUUGGGGAUUGUGGAAAUGAUUUUGAUGGUGCAGACCUCCCUUGACAGCACUACUGAAAUUGUGAGUGCCACUUUGCGAACGUUUCCACUUGUCAUUUAUAAUCCAAUCGGACGUGAGGACUCUGAAACUUUAGAGCUAGAAGCAAGCAUCGAGGACUCAGGUUCAAAAGAAUCUUUAGGAACAGCUAAAGUUGAGUUUUCUCCUAAAGGUUCAACUCCUAGCAAAGAUGGGAGCAGCAAGAGCUCAGAAUGAUAUAAAAAAUGGUGGGUGUGGCUGGCUGUUGGUCUGGGCAUUCUUCUUUUCAUAUCGGCAGGAGUUUUCACUUAUAUUUUCAUCAACAAGAGAAAAACAAAGCACAGGUAUGAGAAUAUGAUUGAAAGCGCAUCAUUAAACUCAUAA